AGGAGGUGUGUGGAGGAGAGGAAGGAGGAAGGAAGUCGAGAAUGUUGUGUGGUGUUCUCCAAGCUGUGAUUUCAUACGGAUUACUCCUUUUUUUAUAUAUAUGUUAAGGUGGUAACCCCACAAACAACUCACCCAGUUAUAUAAUAUAUAUAUAUAUAUAGAUAUAAAUAUAUAAACAGAGCCAGCCAGGUUAGCUAUGUGUAUUUGUGGCCACAGAGUGACAAACAGUGUUUACAGAUUGCUCAGUUGGACUUGCUGCAACCUGAACAUUAGUUAACACACACUAGCUCAGGUUAGUGUUCACUAGACUAGACAGUAAGAAAAAAAAAAAAACAGUUGCCAAACAGACUUCAGAUCAGCUUUUAUUUUGACAUUUAACUGCACCUGGAUCAGUGAAGUUGCAUAUAUAUAUAUACAUAUAUAUAUAAAGAUAUAAAGAUCAGAGCAAUGUCGGGCCAAUCUAUCACGGAUCGGAUCGCAGCAGCCCAGCACAGCAUGACCGGCUCUGCUAUCAGCAAGGCUGUGUGCAAAGCCACCACACAUGAAGUGAGUGGACCCAAGAAGAAACACCUCGACUAUCUGAUCCACUGCACCAAUGAGAUGAACGUGAGCAUUCCCCAGCUGGCGGACACGCUGUUUGAACGCACGGCCAACUCCAGCUGGGUGGUGGUCUUCAAAGCCCUCAUCACCACCCACCACCUCAUGAUGUACGGCAACGAGCGUUUCAUCCAGUACCUGGCAUCCAGAAACACUCUGUUUAACCUGCACAACUUCCUGGAUAAGGGAGCUCUGCAAGGUUACGACAUGUCAACCUUCAUCAGACGAUACAGCCGUUACCUGAACGAGAAGGCCAUGUCCUACAGACUUGUGGCUGUGGAUUUCACGAAGAUGAAGAGGGGGAUUGACGGCGUGAUGCGUACCAUGAACACAGAGAAGCUGAUUAAGACGCUGCCCAUCAUUCAGAACCAGCUGGAUGCUCUGCUGGAUUUCCAGGCCAACCCCAACGAGUUGACCAACGGAGUGAUCAACUCAGCCUUCAUGCUGCUCUUCAAAGACUCCAUCAGGCUGUUUGCUGCUUACAAUGAAGGGGUCAUCAACCUAUUGGAAAAAUACUUUGACAUGAAGAAGAACCAGUGCAAAGAUGCUCUGGACAUCUACAAGAAAUUUCUUUACAGGAUGACGAAGCUGUCAGAGUUCCUCAAAGUGGCCGAGCAAGUUGGAAUAGAUCAGGGUGACAUCCCAGAUCUCUCACAGGCCCCCAGCAGCCUCCUGGAGGCUUUGGAGCAGCAUCUUGCCUCUCUCGAGGGCAAGAAGACGAAGGAAUUAAACGCAGACACCAGAGCGUCCACCCUCUCCAGCGCCGUCUCGUCUCUCUCCUCCACCGGCAUGUCCUUCAGCCGCAUGGACGAGAAGGAGAAGCAGCAGGCCUUGGAGGAGGAACAGGCCAGACUUCAGGCCCUGAAGGACCAGCGCCUGAAAGAGAUCAGCAUGCAGACUCCUCCGCCCAGCAGCCAGUCGAUAGGCGGCGCCAACAACAACAACCACAUCACACAAACUCCGGAGUUGUUCACCUCCGCGCUGUCCGCCAACAGUGUGCCCAAUCUGAACAGUGACCUGUUUGAUCUUCAGCCGGCCUUCAUCCCCGCCGUGCAGAGCACUCCUUCAAUCUCCACCGCCAGCAGUGCCUGGGGAGGAAUGGAGAACCAGCCUCUGCAGCAGCCAGCCGCAGCCAUGACUGUAGAUUUCGAUGCUGUGUUUGGGAAUAAAGCCACGCCCAGUAACAACGGCCCACAACCUGCAGCCGGUUUUGAUGUUCUCGGAGACCUGUUGAAGCCUACGAUUCCCACACACACUGCACCACCUCCUCCUCCACCACCUCAAAUGGCCAUCCAUCCUGGAGGAAAGCUGCUAGCCAACGACCUCGACUCGUCUCUGGCCAACCUCAUGGGCAAUCUGCAGUUUGGUGGGACCCCAGCCAAGAAGCCAGAUAUGCAUUGGAGCCAGCCCGGAGAGAAGAAGCUGACGGGGGGACAGAACUGGCAGAAUAAGACCAUGUCGACCACACAGUGGGGCCCGGCGCCCAUGGCUCCUCAGCCCAUGCCUGUACAACACGUGAAUGGAAUGUUCUAUACUAGUUAUGCUCCAGCUCCAAUGGCUUUUCCCAUGACCACACCGCAAGUGCCUGUGUAUGGAAUGGUCCCUCCCCAGAUGGGUCAGAUGGGUGGGGUACCAGUGAUGGCUCCUCAGCCAAUGAUGUACAACCAGCCUGUUCUCAGACCCACCAACCCGUUCGCGCCCAUGCCCGGAGCUCAGGUCAGCUAUCCGAUGCAGUUUAUGUAAUCCAGUCAGGGGGGGAAGCAGAGUGCCAAAAGCGACAAACAAACAAACAGCAGAAGAAAAACACACGAGAGGAACGAGCAGAAGGACGAAGGGAAGGAUUCGAUCAAGCGAUUUUGAAAAAAUCGACUAAGAGACAGACAGACGACAAGAUGACCGACACCAAAAAAAACAAGUUGGACAGAGGAGGAGGUGGAGGAGGAGAAGACCAAACAGGAUGGAGGGAUGGAGGGAUGUGAUGGGGAAAGAGGUCAUCUGGUUGGUCGUUGUCGAAAACAACUUCUUGCAUCUGUGUGUUUGUGUGUGUGUGUGUGUGUGUGUGUGUGGCUUCUUUGUGUUAUACCGUCUAAUUUGUGGUUUAAACCACGUCGACGCCGGCGUGAUGUUUCAGGAGAGGGAAUAAGGACGAGAGAGAAGGAUGGAGGAGACGAGGAGAGACGAGAGGGGAUUGAGGAAAUCCUACCUCUGGUUUUCAGUCAGACGUCUGACUGCUUGUGAGAGUCUCUGCUGCAGAAUUAGCUUUAUUUCAUACUGGUGCUAUUUUGUCCUCUCUUGGUUACCGUCCGCCUGCAACGGCACCUUGGGAGCACUUACGGAGGGGACAAGUGUUUGUUUAGUGUGUGGAAGUGUGUGUUUGUGUUUGUGUGUGUGUGCACAGCAGUUGUUUCAGACGACGCCUUCACCACCGACUGACCUCUCCAUCCCGUCCGCUCGCCGUCCGUCCGAUCAGCGAGAGAUUCAAAAGGCAAAUCUUCUCAAGUGUGUUUCCCCCCGUAAAUGUUUCCCUCUCUGUUGGGAUAUCUUUGUAUUUUUCAACCUGUUAUCCUCUGCAUCCUCACCUGAAUGUUAUCUGGGCUUGUACAGCAGGUUUGUUGAACCAUUUGUUAAUAGUUGAGCGUUUGUUGUUAUGGGUUUUUAAGCUAAAAAAGUCCUUUGUUACUCAUACUGCAUUGUUUUCUUCUCCUAAAACUACAGAUACACACAGAGAAACAGAGCUAACGUGCUAACGCGGUACGCACAAGUCGUUUUUUAAUUAAUUAAUUGAGGCCUGAUCACACCAAAUUCAUUGGUACAUCUAACGAUGUAGUGGCUACUCAAGGUAAACUGUCGCUGUCUAGUGCCAGUUAGUCACAAUUUUUCGUUACCUUGACCUGGAAAUUUAUUCUCAACAUUGUCCAAAAAAAGUCUUGGAAAGAUUAGAAAGAAGAAACUAGAUUUCUAACACUGUUGCCAAUUUUUCGUUGGCGACAAAGACGUAUUUUGGUCUAUAAAUCUAUAAAUCCAUCCUCUUUUGUUGAGCAGCUUAUACCCAACAGAGGAGGUUAAAUCGAACUGGAUUGGUGCAUCACAGCCAAAGCUACAAUGGCUUUCUCCAUUUUUGGAUUCUUCGUCAAGUCGAUUGGCGACGUAGUUAGUGGCUACUCUAUGUAAUGCUAGUGCCGGUCAGUCGCGACCUUCCCCCGGCAAGAUUAUCCAUCAUUAAAGUCGAUAAGGACUUAUGAAUGAGACGAAAGAAAAGCUAGUUUUCUAUAUUUCUGUUAGCAAUUCAAAGACUUGUUUUGGUCUAUAAAUCUGUCCUCUUUUGUUGAUCAGUUUGUACCCAAACAAAGGAGGUUAAAUCGAACUGGAUUGAUGCAUCGCAGCCAAAGCCAAUUCAUGAAAUCGAUUGGCAAUGUAAUGACUACUUACGGGGCUCGCUGGUAAACAACAACAACAAUUCCGUUGGCUUGUUUGCUAACGCGACAAAGACGUAUUUUAGUCUAUAACUCUGUCCUCUUUUGUUGAGCAGUGUAUACGCCAACAGAGGAGUUUAAAUCAAACUAGAUUGGUGUGUCACAGCCAAAACUACUGUGGUUUUAACCCAUUUUGGACUCUGUUCCCCCCCCAAAAACAAGACAACUUGCUUUCGGUCAACGGCAACUAUUUAACGGAUCCACUUAAGCCGGCUGUUUAAUUUCGAUGAGCCAAUUUCACAGUUUUAAAUGCUGGUGUGACCAGGAAUUUAUCCAGACAUAAUUUAUACGUGUUUAUCUUGACAUUUUUGUCUCUAAUUAGAGACAAAAUUGGAAGAAAUUCCCUAAAAACUAAAGCAUCGUUAACCUGCUAGUUGCCGUUAGUGCCUGGUUCGACCCUGUGUGUAUCUGUAUCUUCACGUCUUCAUCAGCUCGCCAAACACAUUCACACUUUGUCUAAAGGUUUCCAAAAAAAAAAAGAGCUUUUUUUUUUCAUUAGGUACUCCCUAAUUUAGCCGAUCCAGAUUACGUGCCAAUGAUUGAUGACAGCAGCACUGAGUGAUUUAAAUGUUACUGAAUCAAGUUGUUAAAUUGCACUGAAUCAAAGUGAGUGCGACUCAUUCUGCACCGAGAGCCAAACGACACUGAACUUUUGGCGUCACCGCAACGUCGCGGUUCCAGGAAAUUAUUAUUUUUUUUGGUGGGUUAGGGGAUCGAAUUUUAAAGUCUUGGCCAUUCCUUUUAGCCAAAGCAUCCGUCACCGUGAUUGAGUGUGUGUUCACGUGUGUGUUUUGUGGGGUUUUGUUUCUCAUUGAGGGCUAUUUUCUGAGGGUCAAAUUGUGUCAAAUUUUAUCAAAUUUGAGCCAGCGAGUGUGCCACGAAAUGUUUGUUUUUUUCUUUCUUUCUUUUUGUUUGUUUUUGUAAAAAAAAAAAAAAAAAAAAAUCAAAUAUUGUCGCAAAAUGCACAAAAUGCAAAAAUUUUGCACUGAAGUUGACUAUCCUGCCGUUAAGUAGAAGCUGUCGGACCAGUUUUUCUGGUUUUUCGAGGAAAGACGUUUGAAGUUUGUAGAAAUUUGUUGUUUGUUUUUUUUUUUCCGGGAGGGUUUGUCUAAUCUAAACUACCAGCCUCUAAAAAGUGGCAGGUAACGGAAAAAAAUUUUACUUUCCUGCCAUCCAAACGAUGAACUUGAAACUUUUUUGUAGUUCCGUCCCCGUCCCCGUCCGCCCACUUUCCAAGCGUCUACGUCCAACCAUCUCCACAUCUCUGCUAUGAAAAUCUCAACGUUGUCCCGUUGGUCUCUCUCUAGAACGCUUUCUUUAGCCUGCUUCGUCACUGUUUGGUAUGUGUAGAUAUGUAAAAAUAAUAACCAGUUCCUGUCUAGAUUGUCGGCUCCCCAUCACUGUCGCUGUGGAUAGAUAUUGCUCUUUAGACGCUUCUUGUCGCGAGUCUUGUGUUAGCUUAGCCUCUCGUCAUGAUAUCCUCCUUAGUGUAGGUUAUCCCACCUUGUCCGCACCUCCUGCCAGUCGUCUAGUUAACUAUAGCUCUAUUAUCUCUCUUGGUGUCUCUGUCUUUUAGCUGUAGACGAAACCUUUUCGGAGGCGCUCUCUUUCUCUCUCUCUCGGGCUUUGUGGUUCGCUUUUCUUGUUCUAGCUUUUGACCGCUUACUUCUUCGCUGUUUGCAUCGCUUCCGUGUCCGCUAGAUAAGGUCCUCUUCAUUUAGUUUUUUUGUUUUUUGUUUCUCCUCGAUCACAUCUCCGCCUCUUGUUAUGAUGUCAGCAGCCUACGAGAACAGUCUCCAAGCGGACUGUUGAACCUAGAAUCAAAUGUUCGGGUAUCCAGGUCUCUUUCUUUUUUUUCGUGUGCGUGACAGAUUGGAGGCUACAAGAGAGACGAGAGUUUGUCUGCUCAAUUAGCCACUUUGACAGUCAGCCAGCUGUUGUUCGGGGUGGGGGGGUGUUUUGUGAAUUUUUAUCCACUCGGAAAAGUGUGGCAAGUAGCAAGGGAAUCCACUAAUCACUGUUGAACAGAAGUUCCAAGUGCUGAUAGUAAAGAAACAUGUAGGUUAUCUUUUUGGUUUUUGCAACCAAGACGUCCUCAAAAACUUUUAUCUGUGUCAUCGAACGACGUCGGCACGACGUUGCCGUCCAUAACGGGGGAAUCUGUCGGAGCCUCCUCCUCCUCUCCAGGUAGUCCAACUCCAACCCUCGUUAAACUAUUUUCUUAAUGGAUGUCUGAGCUUUUGGCACCAAAAAUGAGUUCUAAUUAUGGUUCUUUGUUUUUCUGGGACGGCUGUCCUUACCGUCUCUAAUAUGGUGUGAUGAAUUGGCGGCACCGAUCCAGAAUCACAUCGUCCUGGGUCUUUUAAAAAAAAAAACAACGAAUCAUAUCAGGUCGAACUGCAAAUCUGAUCAUCUCUGAUGUUUGUAAUUACCUCUCGGGUUUGAAUGACAGUAAAACCGGUGCCAGGGUGUUUUGUUAAGUCUGAAAGCUGUUUGAUCCAGUUGGACUACCUUUCUACAUUUUGCGUUUUUCUUCUUCUUCGUUUCUGUUUCUCUAAAACUUAAAAUUUCUCUGCAUGGGAAUCCAGUCCUGCCUGUUUGCGACGAGGUUUUCUGUCCGUGCGUCUCGAGUGGUUUGUAAUUUUUUGGUGGGGAUUGAUUGAGGGAGCAUUGGAAGAGGAAACGUCACUGGCUCGUCUCUUUGACUCCUUAGCGUUGAUGUAACUGCCAGUAAUUAUUAUAGCUUCAUCACGUUGGGUGAUUUCGUUAACGGUGUUUGGAUUUUGGAUCUGGCCGAGCAUGCAGACUUUUUUUUUUCUGUUUGUUUUCUGUUCUUCAUCUUCGACCUGGCACAUUCGGGAUCCGACCAGGCAACCUCAAGUUUUUAAAAAAAGCUGCUACCACACCUCUCUCUCUCUCUCUCUUGCAUUGUUGUAGCAUGAAUCUAGGUGAGGGGGGAAUGGGAAGGAUACACGGAUAAACCUUGAUGUCAUAUUAAAAACCGUCUGUUCUCUGCUAAAGGCCAAGUGUAUCAAACGUUUCGGAGAGCAGACUUCUUCUUCUUCUUGUUCUUCUUCUCUAAGCGAGCCAUCCCUCUCUCUUUCUAGGGUCAGUGAGUGCAUGGUUGUAUCGUCGUCGAUGUUUGUUGUCCAAAAAAAAGCAUGACAUGACCGUGAUGGUGAUGAUGAUGAUGAUGAAGAUAAAUUCUCUCCUCUUGUUGUCCCUGUUUUUUAAAAAACGUCUCGCCAGGCGCCGCCGAAGGCGAAAGGGCACGAUGGAUCUCGACCAGUCUUGACAGAAGUUUGUACUGUCGUCAAACUGUAGCAACAAAACGAAGCGCCACACCUUUUUUCUGUUAUUUUUGUUGCGUUACCCAAAGAUGUCACGUUUGGCAGAUCGCCGCAACCCGUUUAUCGCGGCGCCACCUGCUGUCGGGAGUCGCCGUGCACGUUUGCAGCUCCCGCCCCGUAAAAAUUCAAAACGAAACAAAAACGGAGAAGCGAGCGAGAGAAAAGACCGGCCCCGACGGAUAAAUAAAUUCUCCUCGUUUUGUCAAACGACGUUGCACGUUUCUGUUUUUUCUACAUCUGUGUUUUUUGGUAAGAACCCUCGGAUUGCUGCCUCACUAUUCUGUACAUAGAGAAAACACACACUCACACACACACACACAGAGCUUAAAGACAUAACUCAUAAUCUCCAGCAAAUGCGUUUUUUUAUUUUACAUUUACUCUUUAUUUUUCUGAACAUGGAAGAUUAUUAGUGUUAUUACAGCAGUUAUAUAGGUAUGAAUACUACUCAGCGGGGGACGGGCUAAACAAGACAGACGAUGCAGAUUUCACGACGGCUGCAGACCUCCCUGUAACUUCAGGAUCAGCCAUGAUAUUCUCAAAUGAUGCCAAAUGUUUUUUGAGCAGAGUACACCUUUUAAUCUCUCUCUCUCUCUCUCUCUCUCUUCUCUCCCUCCCCCCCUCCACAUCUCUCUUUGUACAUUUUUUCUAUUUAUUUAAAGCAAAAAUAUAUGGAUUGUAUCAAGCAUGGAAAGGCAAAAACAAAACAAAUGUUACAGUUGACAACAACAACAAAAAUU